AUGGGAGGCGGUCCAGAUUCCACCGGCUACCGCACCGUAGCCUACUUUGUCAACUGGGCUAUCUAUGGCCGCAAGCACCGGCCCCAAGACCUGCCUGUCGAGAAGCUGACGCACAUUUUGUACUCGUUCGCCAACGUGCGGCCCGAGUCGGGCGAGGUCUACCUGACGGACCAGUGGGCGGACACGGACAUCCACUGGGAGAACGACAGCUGGAAUGACAGCGGCACGAACCUGUACGGGUGCCUGAAGCAGCUGAACCUGCUCAAGCGGCGCAACCGCAACCUCAAGGUGCUGCUGUCGAUCGGCGGGUGGACGUACAGCAGCAACUUCAAGGAGCCGGCCAGUAAAGAAGAGGGGAGAGCAAAGUUUGCUGAGAGUGCUGUUGAGCUUGUCAAAAAUCUCGGCUUCGACGGCCUCGACAUCGACUGGGAAUACCCUCAAACCCCCGAAGAAGCCGCCGACUUCGUCUCCCUGCUGGCCGCCUGCCGCUCCGCCCUGGACGACUACGCCUCCACCGUGCCCGGCAACCCGCACUUCGAGAUGAGCGUCGCCUGCCCCGCCGGCCCGCAGAACUACGAGAAGAUGGACCUCCCGGGCAUGGACCAGUACCUGGACUUCUGGAACCUGAUGGCGUACGACUACGCGGGCUCGUGGGACCAGGUAUCGGGCCACCAGGCCAACCUGUUCCACUGCAACAGCAACCCGGCCGCUACGCCCUUCAGCACCCAGCGCGCCGUCGAGUAUUACCUGUCGACGGGCGUGGCGCCUGAUAAGCUUGUCUUGGGCAUGCCGCUGUAUGGGCGCGCGUUCCAGGGCACCGAGGGACUGGGGCAGCCGUAUAGUGGUGUGGGCGAAGGGACGUGGGAGAACGGCGUGCAUGACUACAAGAAGUUGCCGUUGGAGGGAGCCGAGGAGCGCAUUGAUUACGAGUCUGGCGCCACGUAUUGCUAUCAACCAGACACCAAGACGCUGGUGAGCUACGAUACGCCUGGCAUGGCCAUGAUGAAGGCCGAGUAUAUCCGGGAAAGAGGCCUCGGCGGUGGCAUGUGGUGGGAGAGCAGUGCUGAUAAGGAAGGCCCGGAUAGCUUGAUUGGUACUGUCGUCGAGGGUUUCGGCGGCGUGGGGGCGUUGCGUUGGGACGAGAACUGCAUCGAGUACCCGGAAACCAAGUACGACAACUUGCGCGAAGGCUUUCCGGGGAAUUAG